UGUUCCUCGUUCCUAUCGUCUUGCUUGCACAACAAUUUCAGCGGCAUAUUUCCAUAUUCCCCAUUUAUUAAAUCAAAAUGCGGCUGACUAACGUUUUGUUCAAGAAGGUUAAGAGCAAGCGCAUCAUGGUCGUACUGGAGAGUGUGGUCAGUGGCCAUCAGUAUAAUGCUUUUCGCGAUCGCUUGGCCGACAAAUUGGAGAUAAUACGCUUCGAUCCCUACAUUCAACAAGAAAGCCUUUACCGCGAACGCAAGAAAAUCCGCAGCGCCUAGGACAACCAUUUUUUGUUAGUGAAAAAAUAAAAUUUACAACCAUUAGACACAUCAAAAAACAACCGAGAUAUAUGACGAA